GAUUUCCGAUGACGUCACGCAAUUUCCGGUAUGUAAAAUAGCCGCCAUAUUGGAGGUGAAGCAGUGCAUAUCGAUUGACCUACCUUUAGCGUAAACAAAAUGGUGAAUUAUUGUGCGAUGAUUGGUUGUAACAACACAGGUGGGAGGGACAGAGUUUCUUUCUUUCGUUUACCGGCCGUUAUCACAUCUCAAGGUGAAAAGACGCAUGGACUCUCAGAAAAACGAAGGAGGUUGUGGUUGACUAAAAUCAGUAGAGCAGAUCUUGAACCGUCGUCCUACCCAUACUUGAGAGUUUGUUCGGAACAUUUCGUUUCAGGAAAACCUUCCAGUCUUUAUCCUGAAAACUCAGCUGACUGGGCUCCUUCACUGAAACUUGGCCAUCAUAAGCAGACAACAGUGAUCAACCCCACUCCAGAAAGGGAAAGUCGAUUGAAAGGCAGAGUGGAAAAGAGAAGGAAUGUGGAAGCAGCACAAUCUCUUGUUGCACUUUUCAAUUCCAAAGAGGUUACAACUGAUCAUGAGCUCGAUGAAUCUGAGGAAGCCCACCCUGAUGUUCAGAUGGACACCAACAGGAUAGGAGAUGAGGCAGAAUUUGACAAAUCCAUGCAAACAGAGAUUUCAUCAGGUAACAUAAAUGCUAUGGAGAGUGAACUCAAUAGGUUGCUUGUCGAAAACAUUGGAUUGAAGGAACAGUUGGCAGCUUCUUCAAUUACUGAGGACACAUUCAAAGCUGAUGAUGAGAAAGUGAAGUUUUUUACUGGUUUGCCAUCAUUUGCUGUUCUGAUGACACUGUUUUGGUUUGUUGAACCUGAAAUAUCCUGCUCACACAACAGCUCCUUGACCAAAUUUCAGAAGAUGGUGCUGGUGCUAAUGCGGCUAAAAUUGAACUUGCCUGUAACCUUUUUGGCAGACAAAUUUAAGGUUUCUGCUUCAACAGUGUCCAGAACUAUGUUAAGUGUUCUAAACACAUUACACAUAAAAUUGAAGCCUCUAAUAUAUUGGCCGACGAAGGAGGAACGACGACAAACAAUGCCUAUGGAAUUUAGGAAGUACUUUGGGUUGAAAGUAGCGGUCAUUAUAGACUGUUUUGAGGUGUUUAUCGAAAAGCCAUCUGAUUUGACAGCACGCUCGCAAACAUGGAGUUCCUAUAAGCAUCACAAUACUGUGAAAUUUUUGAUAGGGAUCUCGCCCCAGGGUACCAUUGUAUUCAUCAGUGAUGCGUAUGGAGGACGUGCUUCAGACAAAUUCAUAACAAAGGACAGUGAAUUUCUUAAUAAGUUGGAAUAUGGGGAUGUUGUUCUUGCUGACCGUGGAUUUGACAUAGCAGAGGAGGUGGCUCAAGUCAACGGUGAAGUUCGGAUACCAGCAUUCACAAAGGGAAAGGAUCAGUUGGCAGCUGUUGAUGUUGAAAGCACCAGAAGACUUGCACAUGUGCGCAUUCAUGUUGAAAGGGUUAUUGGUUUAGUUAGGAACAAGUAUAAGAUCAUGCACGACACUUUGCCUCUUGACUAUUUCAACUCGGUAGAUGAGUCUACUCCUACAAUUGACAAGAUUGUGACUGUAUGUUGUGCGCUUACAAAUAUGUGUAAAUCUGUAGUGCCAUUUGAUUAGAACAUAUCCACAUGUACAUGUAUUAUAGCUGUGCAUUUACCAAUACUUGCAGUGAAAUAUAUACCUGUAACCCAUAUACCAAAAUGCAGCCAAACGUAGUCUCUGUUUUGUAAUUUAUAUUUUAUAAUCCGAGUCACAACCUAGUUCUUUGUGUAUGUAAUAUUAAUUGUGAGAGUAAAAUUGAAAUAUUUAUUAUAAAUCAAUAUUUGAAUUGUCCAUCUUCAUAGUGCUUCAUAUAUCAUAUCAUAUUAUAGUACACUGUAUAUUGUGUACUAUAAGCUAGUCUAUAUGUUAUAUAUAUGCGAUAACUGCUGCUUUCCAUUAAAAUGUCAUUA